AUGAACAUCGAGCACAAUGCAUGUAAAAAUAUGAUGGAGGUAUGUGACAGCGAGGAUUGCAUACGAAUAGCUGCUAGUUUAAAGGAAUCUAUGAACGAGUCUGUAGAUCCUUGCGACGAUUUUUAUCAAUACGCAUGUGGUAGGUGGCCGCAAGAACAUCCUAUUCCGGAUUCCAGCCUAACGAAUUCCUGGUUUAGCGAGCGCAGUAAUCGCAUGUACAGAAAAAUCAGAGAUCUACUAAUAGUCAAUAUGUCUGCAAGUGAGGUACCAUGGGCAGUGAUGCAGGCCAAGAAUCUGUUCACCAGCUGUAUGAACGAAUAUACCGUGAAAGAACUCGAUUUGUCUCCAUUGUUUGACUUGUUGAAGUUAUUAAAUUUACCUAUGGUACCGUUUGUUACCAAUAAAACGACUAAUUAUGUCAAACAACUUGCCAGUGUAAAGAGAAUUUUGGGCCUUGACAUUUUCUUUGGUUUUGAAGUCAUACCCGAUCCAAAGAAUAAGAGUAAGAACGUACUCUAUUUCCAUUUUCCAAUUCAUUCCUAUCCUUUUCUCGCAGAUAAAGAAUUGGAGAAGCGGUUACAAACCAUCAGAUCGCGAUUGCAAAAAUUAGAUGAAUUAGACGAAGCCAUGUUGAGCGAGAAUGAAGAGGCCGAAUUUACCUAUAUGGCUGAUGUUAUUAAACACAUCAUUAACAAUGGCACUGAUAAUAAAUGCACUUCAGACGACGAAUUGGUGAUUGAAGAUGAAGAAUUAAUUGAAUUUUUUAAGAGAGUUUACAAUAUUAGUAAUCUUCUUUAUAAUAUGGUUCGUGCAGAUCAAAAUCAGAGUAUUUCCAUAGAAAGCUUGAGCGAUAGUGAUUAUAUGCUAGUAGACGAUCUACAAAAAUUGACAGAUGAUCAUGUAAUAGAUAGUAAUUUAUCUCUCACUCCUACACCAAUUUGGCGGCCCUUUAUUGAAUCCAUUUUUGAGGGAAUCGAUAAGUUGGAUCUUGACAACAAGGAUAAAGUUCUCAUUGGUAAUCUGGAGUAUUUGAAAGAUGUUGCAGUACUAUUAGCUUGUUUGGAGGAAGAAGUCUUAGAAAGUUACAUUUGGUGGAGGGUUGUGGACAUUGUUGCGCCCUACGCUUUUGAAAAACUCAGGGAUAUUUGGAACAAGUACGUUAGUAAGAUAACAGACAUGGAAGUUAUAGACAAAUCACAAUCGUUAUUUUGUGGAGCAAUUGUCAAUAAAUUAAUGGGAAUGGCUGUAUCAUGGUUGUUCGUAGAUCCGACAUUUCAUGAAAAUAAAGUUAAAAAAGUACAAGAAAUGCUAGAGGAUAUAAGAGAGGCAUUCGGCUCACUUGUCGCUAAGAUGGAUUGGAUGGAUCAAUCGACGAAAACGGCAACAAUCGAAAAAAGCAAAAAAAUGGAGAGCUCAAUUGGAUUUCCCACGUGGCUCUUUAACGAAGAGAAGCUUGCUGAAUAUUACGAAGGAAUAGAUCUAUCGGAAACAAGAUACUUGGCAAACUUGGUACAAUUCGUUCAAGUGCAAUUGAACAAAACGUGGGCAAGUCUGCAUGACGAAAAUAUAUUCAAUAAGUCAUUAUAUUGGGCAGCUGAUCCUACUGAUGUAAACGCAUUUCACAACUAUGAAUUUAAUCAUAUAACCAUACCUGCUGGAAUUCUUCAAUUUCCAUUUUAUGAAUUGGGUCUUGAGGCUUUAAAUUAUGGCGCCAUCGGCGCAAUACUUGGACAUGAAUUAACUCACGGAUUUGACCCCAACGGUCGGUUUUACGACGGCGACGGAAAUUAUCGGCAAUGGUGGACCAAUGAAAGUAUCUUAGAGUACACGAGCAGAACUAAGUGUUUCAUAGAUGACUAUAAUACUUAUUACGAAGUCGAGGUCGAUGAUUACAUCGAUGGCGAACUGACCUUGGGAGAAAACAUCGCUGAUAAUGGUGGUCUCCGCGAGGCCAUCGUUGCUUACAAGAGGUGGAAGAUUCGACACGGUCAUGAGCCUUUACUUCCGGGAUUAACGCAGUUUACGCACGAGCAAUUACUUUUUCUUUCUUUUGCGCACUUGUGGUGCGAGUCUUAUACUGCUAUCUCACUAAGGUGGAUGAUGAGACAUACUCAUUGUCCCGGCCAUGUGAGACUUCAAGCUGUACUGAGAAAUUCCAAAGAAUUUAGCACUACGUGGAAUUGUCCAGUAGGAUCGUCCAUGAAUCCAUCGAGAAAGUGUCGUUUAUGGUAAAACUUGCGACUUCGACAAUUGUUAUUUAAUAUUUGAUUAAUCAAAUGUAAGGGCCAGUAAGUUCACGUGCAAAACAAUAAUAAUCUAUUGUUGAAACAAUUAAUUUUUUAUC